CUCUCUCAAAGUACUGCAGAGACAGAACUGCAGCGACUGCUUUAUUUGCUGGAUAUCUCUAGGAUACAAAUAAAUCUCAUUUCAUUAGACUCGGGUGGUGUCUCGUUUAGAGUAAUGGAUAGCCAACAUCGACAUCUUAUCCGUUCCUCUUCUUAAAGGACUCAUUCAUGAGAGCCAAGACGAGCAAAAGCUGCACUUUCGUAGUGUCUGCAGACCUCUUUCUCUCCACCAUCUCCAGCACCUUCUAAUCAUGGAGGUCACAGCUCCACGGGACACUUCUUCUCUCACGAAGGGGGCUAGAGACAUUGCAAAGGAGGCCAAGCGGCAAGCGGUUAAGAAGGUCAACAAAGUUGUGGACCGUGCAUCGGAUGAGUAUUCCCACACCCGAGCCUACCAACGCUUCCAGGAUGAAGACGAUGACUACUACAGCCAACCGGAUGGGAGCUACAUGGGCGUUAAUGCUAAUGAUGAAGAGGGAUCCAGCGAUGCCACUGAGGGUCAUGAUGACGAGGACGAGAUGUAUGAGGGGGAGUACCAGGGGAUUCCCUCAGAUGCAAAGGCCACAGAUGGACAUGUGGCACUGGGGCAGCCUCUUUCAGACAGCCUGAAGGACAGAAGAGAGCUGGAGAACGAGAGGCAGGCGGAUGAGGAGGAGUUGGCUCAGCAGUAUGAACUCAUCUUACAGGAGUGUGGACACGGGCGGUUCCAGUGGCAGCUGUUCUUCACACUAGGUCUGGCACUCAUGUCAGAUGGUGUGGAGGUGUUUGUGGUGGGCUUUGUUCUACCCAGUGCAGAGACGGAUAUGUGUGUGCCUGACUCAUCUUCUGGUUGGCUAGGCAGCAUUGUGUACCUGGGGAUGAUGGUAGGGGCUUUCUUCUGGGGUGGCAUGGCUGACAAGGUGGGCAGACGACAGUGUCUGCUCAUAUGCAUGUCUGUGAAUGGCUUCUUCGCCUUCCUGUCUUCUUUUGUUCAAGGCUAUGGCUUCUUCUUGAUCUGUCGCAUGAUAGCUGGCUUUGGGAUUGGAGGAGCAGUACCCAUUGUCUUCUCAUACUUUGCUGAGGUAUUGGCGAGAGAAAAGCGUGGAGAGCACCUGAGUUGGCUCUGCAUGUUCUGGAUGAUUGGAGAGAUCUAUGCCUCUGCCAUGGCCUGGGCCAUCAUACCUCACUACGGCUGGAGUUUCAGUAUGGGUUCAGCUUAUCAGUUCCACAGCUGGAGGGUGUUUGUGGUGGUGUGUGCACUUCCCUGUGUCUGCUCCGUGGUGGCCCUAACAUUUAUGCCCGAGAGCCCCAGAUUCUACUUAGAAGUGGGGAAGCACGAUGAGGCCUGGAUGAUCCUCAAGCAGAUUCAUGACACAAACAUGCGAGCGCGUGGACAGCCUGAGAAAGUCUUUACCGUGAACAGGAUUAAAAUCCCAAAGCAGAUUGAUGAGUUUGUAGAGAUGCAGACAGAAUCUGCCAGCGUUUUCUCAAAAGUGAUCUUCAGAGUAAAGUCUGAACUUUAUGGGAUAUGGCUGACCUUCUUAAAGUGUUUUAAUUAUCCACUGAAAGACAUUACAAUGAAACUUGCUACUGUGUGGCUUACAUUGUCUUUUGGGUAUUAUGGUCUAUCUGUAUGGUUCCCUGAUGUCAUCAAGCACCUCCAGGAAGAUGAAUAUGCCUCCAAAGUGCAAAGGCAUGCCAGUGAACGCAUCGAAGACUUCACAUUCAAUUUUACAUUAGAGAACCAGAUACAUACUAAUAGCUUCUUUGUCAAUGACAGGUUUAUAAGUAUGAAAUUCAAGUCUGUCACUUUCAUCAAUUCCACCUUUCAGAACUGCUAUUUAGAGGAUGUGACAUCGGUGGGGUCAUUCUUUCGAAACUGCACAUUUAUCGAGUCUGUCUUCUAUAACACUGACAUUGACGACUCCAAACUUAUAAACACUGAAAUCAUAAACAGCACAUUUUACCACAACAAAACAGGCUGUCAAAUGACUUUCGAGGAUGAUUACAGUGCAUACUGGGUCUACUUUGUUAAUUUUUUGGGAACACUGGCCGUCCUCCCUGGCAAUAUUGUGUCUGCACUUCUUAUGGAUAAAACUGGACGCUUGUCUAUGUUAGGGUUUUCCAUGGUCCUGUCUGGCAUCAGCUGUUUCUUCCUGUGGUUUGGCACGAGUGAGUCUAUGAUGAUUGGAAUGCUGUGCUUGUACAACGGUCUGAGUAUCUCUGCCUGGAACUCACUGGAUGUUGUGACAGUAGAGCUCUACCCUACAGACAGAAGAGGAACUGGAUUUGGUUUCUGUAACGCCUUGUGCAAGCUAGCUGCAGUGCUUGGAAAUGUGAUUUUUGGCUCUUUAGUGGGCAUCACCAAAGCCAUCCCCAUUCUUCUCGCAGCCUCAGUGCUCGUCACCGGGGGUCUGGUAGGAUUACGGCUACCUGACACCAGGUCUAAUGUCCUAAUGUAAACUUUGUUUCAGACGUAUAGAGAUAUCCAAAAUGCUUGAAAACCCUCAUUCCUUAAUAUGUGCACUGUAGUGUGCGCUCAUUUGUGUCUCUGCCUGUGAAGUCCAGGCUGAAGUCUCAUAAUAUAAUUAUGGGAUUAGGAGCAUCAAAAUUUGAUUUUACUCAUUUUGCAUUUUAGAGAAUGCUCUUUACAUUAUGAUUUUAUGUAAAAAACAUUAAAUAACAAAAAUUAAAGGGUUUCCCAGAGGGUUUCACAAAGGGUUUUCACAGACUUUUUACACAAAUUCUUUAUUUUUUUAUGUUUUUUUUCAACAUUGCUGUGUGAGUGCCAUUGUUCUCUACUUAGGCAUUAUCAUAAAUAUAUUUUGGGUGAAAAAAUAUUUUUUAUCACCUGUAAGCUUUUUUAAUAUCUACAAAUUACAGCUUUUCCACAACUAAGUCAACUUGCAACCUUGCUUUCUUUUUGGCUUUUUUAUUGGUUUAUAAUGCCCUGGGUAUGGAAGUAAGUGUAAAUAUUAAUGUCCCCUAAUUAAGACCUGAGCAAAAUGAGCUAUUAAUGAGCAGUUCAAGCCUGCUGUAAAUAUGCAGAUAAGCAGGAUGAUCAGAAAAACUGGAAGCUCUGCACAGCUGCAUCACAGCUGGCUGACUGAACCCAAAUAAUUAAAUCCAAAGAUGAGAGAAAAGUUAAUGUUGGGUUAAGAGUUUACUGGUAAACAACUUUCAGUAAAAUGCUCUUUAAAGUGCCUGCUUUUAGGUUUAGUUAUACAUGUUGAAGAUGUUAUUUCUAGAAACAUUGUUUAAUGUUUUUCUAAAAGUUUAUUAAUAGUAAUACUAAUAGGUAUUUUU